AUGGCGCCGCAUUCAUCCACAGGCAUGACUAUAUCCAUGCCUACAAUCACUCGACCCAUUCCCGUUCGCACCACCCUCUCCUCCGACGCGCAAAGCCCCUCCUCCUCCGAAUCCCUCUCCCUCUCAUCUUCCUCCUCCUCCAUCCCCCACCUCUCCCCCCGCUCCCCGUCAGCAUCGCUCGCCAAACUCCGCGCGCAAACCGACGACUCCUCCGCCUUCCGCUGCUGCUGCAGCGCCGCCUCCGCCAACACCGCGCCGUCCGCGCCAGAAACCCGCCCAUCCGCGCAAAAGCUCCCCCUAUCCGAAGGCCUCAAUCUCCCUUUCCUCGGCCCGGUCCGAUGGUCGGACCCGCCGCGAUUCCUGCGGGAGUUCGUGCGCGACCCGCUCAACGUGAUGACUCUCUGCACCGUGACCCUCGCGGGGUCCAUGGUCGGAAUCAACUGCGCGAUAAUCUCCCAGAUUCCUCUCCUCCUCGGGAUCCUCACGCAACCGCAAGCCGAGCUCUGGUUCGAGCUGUCCAAUCAGGUUCUCUGCGCGAUUGGCACGCUCGGGAGUCUUCUAGUCCACCCCUUGCGCUGCUACUACGUGCUUCAGGUCUUCCGCUGGAGCCCGCAAGACGCGGCGAGUCUCCGCGCAAUGCUGUCGAAAGCCGGCCCGUUCGUGCGGAAGCCCAAGGAAUGGCAGCACAUCGCGUUCGUCAUAUUCCUACUGCAAGUGAACUGCGUGUUUCAAUACGCGAUCGCCUAUUUCAUGUGGACAACCGACAUGGUUUCCCGCCCCAUGGUGCUUCUCGGCUGCCUAGCGCUUUUCGCGCUAGGGUCCGUUAUCUUUGCCGGGCUUUACUGCCUGUGGAGUCCGCUCGGAUGGCCUACAGGAGCCAAGCCGCAACCUGCGGGACGGCGCGUCUCUGCGGCCGGGGAAUGCGGCGAGUGGGACGAGGAGGCGGGUCGCGAGAGCGAGGGGCUGCUGUCGCGGCGGUGCGAGGUUUGCGGGGGUGGCAAGGAGAGCUCCGCGGGUUGCGGCGCGGUUGACGGGAAGAGUGGCAAGGGCGGCAAGGGCAAGGACGCGGACGACCUGAACGAAUGGCGUCGCGCCACGUGGCAGCCGGUGGGAGGCGCCACGCGGCCGCAAUGGCAGGGCGGGCUCCUGGACUGCUGGUCGGACGGGUGGACGGCUGUAGCCGCGACUCUCUGCUGCUUCUGCGUGCACGGGUGGAACGCGGAGCGCGCGGGGUUCGGAAACAAGAUAGUCCACACCGCCAUGUUUAUCCUCUUCCUCGUCGGACCCAUGGCUAUGUUCGGGCCGGCUUCCGCGAUCCUCCCCCCCGGUUACAUGCAAAAUUUCGUGUUCGCGCUCGGGGUGAUUAGCACGGUUCUGGGCCUGACUUACGCGGGCUACUGGCGGUGGUACCUGCGGAGGAACUUCCACCUGCCCGCGAGCGACUGGUGCUGCGGGCACGAGGCCGCGACGGACUUCGCGUCGUGGUACCUGCUGCCUUGCUGCGCGCUGUGCCAAGAGGUGCGCACCGUGCGGCGGUAUAACCUAAGACUGGAGAUUCCCGAGGGCCCGGGUAAGGAGGGGAGCUGCGGGGAGGGGGGAGCUGUAAUGGUUAUGGGCGCGCCUGGGACGCUGUGCAUGGAGGCGACUCCUAUGACUGUAGCCAUGGCGGAGUGA